AUGUCAUCCCCAACAAUGUUCAUUCUAUUCCUCCUUUUUCUCUCCAUCCUAGCACCAUUACACUUGGCUCAAGCUCCAUCACCAUCUUCAAUACUUGCCCCACCACCAUCUCCAAAACAUGCCCCUCCAACAUCUCCAAAACAUUCCCCUCCUCCUCCUUCUUCUUCUUCACCACCACCACCACCACCACCAAAAUAUGCCCCGCCUCCUCCUUCUUCUCCACCACCAUCUCCAGCACAUGCUACUCCUCCUUCUCCAUCACCAUCUCCAACGCAUGCUACUCCUCCACCACCAUCUCCAACGCAUGCUACUCCUCCUUCUCCAUCACCAUCUCCAACGCAUGCUACUCCUCCUUCUCCAUCACCAACGCAUGCUACUCCUCCUUCCCCAUAUCCAACGCAUGCUACUCCUCCUUCUCCAUUACCAACACAUGCUCCUUCUCCUUCUCCAUCACCAUCUCAAACUCAUGCUCCUUCUCCAUCUCCAUCAUCUUCUCAAACUCAUGCUCCUUGUUCUUCUCCAUCACCCUCUCCAACACAUGCCCCACCGCCACCUCUUCCACCUACUUCACCCUCUUCAGCAUGCAAGGCCACAUUAUAUCCAAAACUAUGCCGUUCCAUUCUCUCAUCCAUUCGUUCCUCACCUUCUGACCCUUACAACUUGGGCAAGUUCUCCAUCAAACAAAGUCUCAAACAAGCCAAGAAACUUGUCAAAGUUUUUGCCGACUUCCUCAAAAAGCACCAAUCUUCUUCUCUCAACAGCGCAGAGAUUGCAGCCCUAGAAGACUGCAGUGAGCUCAACCAGCUCAAUGUUGGCUACUUGGAGUCAGUUUCAGAAGAGCUGAAAUCUGCAGACUCAUCCAACACAGAGUUGGUUGAAAAUAUUGAAACAUAUCUCAGUGCUGUGGCCACUAACCAUUACACUUGCUAUGAUGGGUUGGUGGUGAUCAAGAGCAGCGUUGUCAAUGCUCUUGCUGUACCUCUCAACAAUGUUACAGAACUCUAUAGUGUGUCACUUGGGUUGGUCACGCAAGCUCUGAAGAAGAAUCUCAAGAAGCAUAAGACUCGCAAACAUGGUCUACCCACCAAAGAUUACAAGGUCAGACAGCCACUGCAGAAGCUCAUCAAGCUUCUUCACACAAAGUACAGUUGCCCAACAUCAUCCAAUUGCAGUAGUAGAAGUGAAAGGAUUUUAAAAGAAACUGAGAACAAAGGAAUUCUACUUAAAGACAUUGUGAUUGUGAACCUUGAUGGUAGAGACAACUUCACCUCCAUUGGAGAGGCUAUUGCCGCUGCACCAGAUAAUUUAAGGCCAGAAGAUGGCUAUUUCCUUAUCUAUGUCAAACAAGGAUCCUAUGAGGAAUAUGUCACUGUUCCAUUUCAGAAGAAGAAUAUCUUGCUUAUUGGUGAUGGUAUCAACAAAACUUGCAUCACAGGAAACCAUAGUGUAGUAGAUGGUUGGACCACUUUCAAUUCUUCAACCUUUGCUGUCUCGGGAGAAAGAUUCGUUGCAGUUGAUGUUACAUUCAGAAACACAGCUGGCCCUCAGAAGCACCAAGCAGUGGCUGUGAGGAAUAAUGCAGACCUCUCUACAUUCUAUCGUUGCAGUUUUGAAGGAUAUCAAGACACUCUCUAUGUCCACUCUCUCAGGCAAUUUUAUAGGGAAUGUAACAUUUAUGGCACUGUGGAUUUCAUUUUUGGAAAUGCUGCUGUGGUGUUCCAGAGCUGCAAUAUCUAUGCCAGAAAACCAUUGCCAAAUCAGAAGAAUGCAAUCACAGCACAAGGGAGAACUGACCCCAAUCAAAACACUGGAAUUUCAAUACAGAAUUGCAGGAUUGAGGCUGCAUCUGACUUGGCUUUGGAAUCAACUGAAAAUUACUUGGGCAGGCCAUGGAAAGUGUACUCAAGGACAGUGUACAUGCAAUCAUAUAUUGGAGAACUAAUUCAGUCUGUUGGAUGGUUAGAGUGGAAUGGAACAGAUGGAUUAAACACCCUCUUUUAUGGUGAGUUCGAUAACUUUGGACCUGGUUCUGAUACAAGCAAGAGGGUACAAUGGAGUGGUUACAAUAUACUGACUGCUACACAAGCUUGGAACUUUACUGUGUGUAAUUUUACAUUGGGGAAUACAUGGCUUCCAGAUACAGAUAUACCCUAUUCUGAAGGACUUUAG